CACACCCGCACACACGCACACUCCUCUCUCUCUCGAUCUCCAGCACUCACUCGCCCGAUCUUCACCGAUCUUCGCCGCAUCGCCGCACAGCCGCAUCGAUGACCGCACCGCCGCACAGCCACAUCGACGAUCGCCUCCGUCGUAAAUUUCCUUUGUCCAUUGUUUUGGUUGGUGUUGGCGAUGGUCCAUGGGAGAUGAUGAAAGAAUUUGAUGAUAACAUUCCUGACCGAUCCUUCGACAAUUUUCAGUUUGUAAAUUUCACAGAAAUCAUGUCAAAGGAUGUGCCUCAAAAUCGAAAAGAGACAGAAUUUGCUCUUUCAGCACUAAUGGAAAUUCCGUCACAAUAUAAAGCGACAAUAGAGCUUGGCAUCCUUGGCAGGCAUUGUGUUGAAAAACCUCCAAAAAGGAUCAGUCUUCCUUCACCGAUUAGGACUCAUGAUGCAAAAUUGAACACAGCUCUUCAAGAAACUUCUCCAUCAUCUGAUCGGGUUUGCAUUGUUUGCCUCACCAACCGCAAAGAUGUGGCCUUUGAAUGUGGACAUCAGGAAACUCAUGGCUCGAGGAUCAAAAAGUUUGAAGAUUAUGGAGCUACUAGAAGCAAAUGGAACUAGCAUAAAUUGUAUUAGUCACCGACGUUGUAUAUUCAAUGUUUUGUAUUCUAGUUCAACUAAUCAUUUUGGUUAAACAUCAGUGUAAUAUCUUUUAUUUAUCUUAACCAUUUGUGGGUUCAAUAAGUGCAUUGAUUGACAUUAUUAGAUUGUUUGUUUCUUUGCUUGCCAAUUUUUAUUUUUCUGCCUUUGAAAAUAUCAAAUUUACAAUUAGGUUUUUUAAAAUUAGUGUA